AUGCUACUCCUCAAGCAGGAAGUGAAAACACUUGAAACACUGGCAAAGAAGUCUGUGAAAUCCGAGAAGAAGAACGACAAGAAGGGCAAAAAGGGCUGGGCAGGAUUCCUUGAUGGUUCUCAACGAGAGCACGCCAUUGCAGAGCUGGAGAAGAAAAAAAACUUAUGGGCCAUGAUGGAAUGGUGUGACUCAUGGAUCCCUUUUGAAGUUCCUGCAGACGGGAAUUGUGGAAUUUGGUCAACCCUGACGCUGACCAAUAACAAUCCUGAAAGCACCAUGUCAGACAUGGAAUCUCUCACAGAAGAAUGCAGACGUAUGCGCCAACUUGUUGCACAAGAGUGGGAGGACCUUGCCAAAGACUCUUUUUGGCAAUCUCUCUUCAUGCGGUUAGUGGCACUGUUUGAUGAUGGUGCUGACUCGGAUAGCAAUUCAGAUGGUUCUUUGCCUGAUAAGCCACGAAGUGAACCUGGACCUGCUGUCAAGAAAGAGAGUCAGGACUCAGAGAAAGUCAGCAAGUCGGCAAAACCUGCCAAAGCCAAAGCUUGCCAAGAUACUGCCCAGAAAAAGGAUCAAGAGAGUGCCAGCUCAGGGCCAGCGCAGCCGGUGCAGGCUAACCAGGAGGGUGACAGGGCGAAGCUGGAAGCAAAGACUCCAAAGCGGAAAAAGCCGAAUCCAACAAUUUUUGUGGAUUUGACGACUCCACCAAAGAUUACAGUGGGCGCAGCAUGUGGCACCCGUCGUAAAAGAGACACAAGCCUUGAUGGAGUCGUGCUUGGCAAGAAAAGCGCUGUUGCUGCUGCAGAGGAGAGGACGCAGAAUCUCCGAAAGAAGUUGGCAGAGAAUCAGGCGAUCUUUUUUGGGCAGAGUGAAGAUCAGACAAAGACACCUGCAGAAGAAAAAGAUCCAUCCAAUGAGGCUGAAGAUGAAGAACAGGCAGAGACAACCCAGAAGAAGAAGAAGAGAGCAAAGAGAAACCGGCGGUUCCACAAGAAGCCACCGUGUGAGGAGUCUAUGAGGUUGCUGGCUGCAAGGGGCUACUUGGGGAAGUUGAGGAUCACAUGGGCCUACUGCCAGGCAUUUCAUGCCUCUGUACGCCACAAGAGUGCCGAUAGCGCUGAGGCUGUCAGCAACUCAGGAAAAUGCAACACCUUCGCCUUGUUGCCAGCACUUCUUUUGGAGGGAAAGGAAGUACCAUGCAGUGUGUGUGCUGUGAUGCUGAAAAAAGCCGGCUUUUCAGCGGAAGAAUUUCAGAAGCAUACCACGCCCUCAGAAGAAGGUGGCAUUUUCAUGUCGCCAAACAGAAUGCUGCAGAUGGAAAUGCAGGAUAUCAAACCUUUGGCUCCAGAGAUUACGCAACCUUCUGUCACAGAGCCUCUUCCACCUGUAGAUGUAGAAGCGCUUGAUCCUGACCAGCUACAGAUUGUGCCUUACACAGGGAAUCCUUUGGCUUCAGGAGAUGCACCUGAAGAAGACCUUCCAACACAAUCUGUUGAAGAAGAGCAAAGAAGCCAGGAGGACCAAACUCCCUUGAUUCACAACAUCAUCCGCAAGUACAAAGUGCUGGAAAUGCUCAAGCCCAACACCUUCGGCAAGAGGCACAGCGAGUGUGAGAAGUUGGUGCUACCUCCUGAGGACGGCAACCCAGCUGUUUGCAGCAAAUGCCUAGAUCCCAAUACAGCCAGUUCAGCUUUGAAAUGCUGCAUCAAAUUUGCAAACAAGUAUUGGGGGGCCAAGAUCUUGCAAGCCAAGCUGUUCAAGUCGCAAGCUGCAUUGGAUGAUGUAAUCAACGAGUUCAAAGAGACUGUUCUCUACAAAAGGUGUGGUGAACAGGUGUCCAAGAUACUGAAACUGGAUGAGUUAUCCUUGCAGAAAUGGGUGCGUCAAUCAUUCACAAAGAUUUCCCACAACACUUGGACUGAGACUUUUGCAGCCUUUAUGGAAACAGUGGUGAUGCCUUGUUUGCGGGUGAACGUAGCAGAGUGCACAGGAGAGUUGAAGGGUCUGGCACAGCAGUUUGCCAGUAGCCUGGCUUCACAUGAUCUCUCAGACGUGCAGUCUAUUGCAGUCCGCAUAGCCAAGGCUUCGUGUUCAGGCAAGCUCGCUGGAAACCCAGCCAUAGUGGGAAUCAUCUUGCAGUGCAUAGAACAGCUAGAUCGGUCCGAAAGAGGCAUCAACACUAUGAAACGGCCUCGCAACAUGUCUGAACAAGAAAGGGAAAUGGUCGCAGAUGCUGCAGCGUUACUCUCCAUCAAUGGAGCCAACGCCAAGUUGAUGAAGAUUUUGGGCUUCAAUCGCGCAAGUGCCCGUCACAACUGUGGUCGGGUUCACCAACUCCUGGAACACAGCCUUCCUUGUCCAGCUUUGUCGCUGCUGUUCCCGGAAGUUCUUGCUGAGAACCUUAACAUCAUCAGCAGCCGAAUUCCGAAGAUGGGCAAAAGCAUGCAGCGCUUUGUAGUGGCCUUCGAUUUUACAUAUGUUCUGCCGAUGCAUGAAGUGUUCAAAAUGGUUGACCUUUUCCUGGACGCUGCAAGCGAACAUUGCAAAGUGAUUAUUUGUGACGAUGAAGGCUGCAACGGCCUGGUCAAGAAGGCCAUUUUUGGCCAAUUGGAGGCCAAAUACCGCCGCAGGUUCCAUGAGACCAAAUUCUUUGCAGAUCUCACCUUCUCCAAGAUUGAAGCUCUGCAGCAAUUGCCACGCAUGCCAGUCAAGGUUUGCUCUCUACGAGGCAGGACUUUGUUUGUGUUGCCAGGGCCGGCGCACAGCAACAAGAACAGCAAUGGGCAAGUCAUGUCUGAAGUGAGAUGCCCAUACUUUGGGCGCUUUUGGUGUGAUGCUGCAUUUGCUUUGGAUCGAGGAAUGCCUGUUCCAGCGUACACAAGGAAAGACCCGAUGAGUGACAGGCUGGCAAGUCUGUUUGGGAAUCCUUUCUACAUCCUGGAUCAGCGAGCUCCCUGGUAUCAGUGCUGA